UCAUGCUCACUAACCUUUCGUUCGUACGAGGAAUGUUCCCCCAACUCCUCAUCUCAACUAAAACUCCCUACUCGCCAUCUACUCAACCACCUCUCUACUCUAGAGUGUUGAUCCUUUAUCUCCGCACGUGUCUAUGGCUUUUCACCCCGGCGAGUACCGCAUUGCAAGUGCAAUAUCGUCAUUAAAGACCCAAAAGGCAAACCAAUGGCAUUAUCUCAAUCUUCCUUUUGGUCUUUUCUAUUCAUAUUAUAAGUUAUUCGAGAUGACUUCUUGCUAUGCUAUUUGCUCCCAGUCUUCUCUCAAGUCUCUGACAAAACCUAAACACCACUCCAAGAGUCAAGACAGCACACUUCAAGAAUCUUCUUCGUUUUUUUCUUUCCUCUUUCUCUUUACAGAUAAACUGAGAAACCCCAGCUCACGCCUCGAUUCCCAGAUGGAUUUUGUGAAUGUUCUCAAGUUCUCAGCUGCAUGCUUUGAUCUUCUUGCCUGGCCUCUCUUUGCACUGGGCUAUCCUCUAUGUGCUUCAAUUCGGGUAAUUGAGACUAAGUCAAUCUCAGACGUCCGGAAGUUGGUGACAUAUUGGGUUCUAUUUUCCUUGAUUUCACUCUUUGAUCAUGCUUUUUCCGAGCUCCUUGAAUGGAUACCAUUCUGGCCUUACAUAAAGCUGAUGAUUAUCUGCUGGCUGGUGAUACCACAUUUUGAUGGUUCACAUUAUGUCUAUCAAAACCUAGUUUGUCCAUGCUUGUCCAUGGACACACAAGUUGUCAUGAAUUGGCGCUUCAAUGAAUCAAAAAAGUUGUUUCAUAGCAGAGAAAACUUUCUUGUUGUAGCAGACCGAUAUAUUAAAGAGAAUGGAGCUGAAGCUUUGGCGAAACUAAUUGCUAGUAAGUUGAAGAGCACAAAGCCUAAUGUUGAAGUGAAAGAGAUCGAAGCACAUGCAGCACCGGAGAAAAAAGGGGAACAGUGGAAGUGUGAAGAGCCUAAUGUUUCUCAAAAGGAGAUCCAAGUAGUCGAAGUAACAGAGAUAAAAAGUGGGGAGGAUGGAAGAAAUAGGUGUAAAGGGCCUAAUGCUGCUAAGAAGGAGAUCAAAGUGACAGAAGUAACACAGAGAACAUUUGGUGGUACAGCACAUUGGGUUAAACAAACAGAGCUAAAUCUUGGUGAAACUAAAAGUAAUACAACCUGUAUUGCGGGGAUAAAAGAAAGGGCAACAGCACUGAUGACUGCCGAAAUUGAGGCAUGUAGAGACGAUAGAACCCCAGAGAUAUCUCUUCAUAAGAAAGUCCAGAAAGAGUGGGCUUGUGCUGUAUGCCUGCUCACAACCCAAAGUGAGGCUACCUUGAAUUCCCAUCUUCAAGGGAAGAGACAUCAGGCCACUUCUGAGCAGCUGAAAGCCAAAAACCAGGCAACCAAAGACAAUGGUUCCCCAUCUGCUUCAAUGGCCAAGAUAUCUGAUCAGUCCACCAAAGAGGAGCAACCGAAGUGUACUUCCAACAAUCUGAAUUCUAAAAACAAUGGAAUCUCAGCUGCUUCAACAGUGAAGAAACCAGAUGAGACCAAAGAUGAUAAGCGACAAAAGUGUGCAUCUAGCAAUGGACCGAACCAGAAGAAUAAAAAAGUGUGGGCUUGUGCUCUAUGCCAGGUCACAACCCAAAGUGAGGCUACCUUGAAUUCCCAUCUUCAAGGAAAGAGACAUCAGGCCACUUCUGAGCAGCUGAAAGCCAAAAACCAGGCAAUCAAAACCAAUGGCUCCCCAUCUGCUUCAAUGGCCAAGAAAUCUGAUGGGUCCACCAAAGAGGAGCAACUGAAGUGUACUUCCAACAAUCUGAAUUCCAAAAACAAUGGCAUCUCAGCUGCUUCAACAGUGAAGAAACCUGAUAAGACCAAAGAGGAUAAGCAACAAAAGUGUGCAUCUAGCAAUGGACCGAACCAGAAGAAUAACAAAAAUUGGGCUUGUGCUCUAUGCCAGGUCACAACCCAAAGUGAGGCUACCUUGAAUUCCCAUCUUCAAGGGAAGAGACAUCAGGCCACUUCUGAGCAGCCGAAAGGCAAAAACAAGGCAACCAAAGCCAGUGGUUCCCCAUCUGCUUCAAUGGCCAAGAAAUCUGAUCAGUCCACCAAAGAGGAGCAACUGAAGUGUACUUCCAACAAUCUAAAUUCCAAAAACAAUGGAAUCUCAGCUGCUUCAAAAGUGAAGAAACCAGAUGAUACCAAAGAUGAUGAGCGACAAAAGUGUGCAUCUAGCAAUGGACGGAACCAGAAGAAUAACAAAAAGCAAGAGAAGGCUCUAGUUCCUGAGACCAAUGAGCAAGGCCAUCAGAAGAACUUAAAGCAAACUGGCGAUGGAAUGAAAGAGUUGGGAUCAUGGUGCAAUAUCUGUAAUGUAAGCUGCACAAGUGAGCUUGACAUGGCCUCUCAUCUGAAUGGAAGGAGGCAUUUUGAUAGUAUAAAACAGCUAUCUGAAUUAUGGUGCAGUAACUGCAAUGUAAAGUGCAACAGUGAGGUUGACAUGGCCUCUCACCAAAAUGGGAGAAGGCACUUGGAGCAGCUCAAGGAACGGUUGGGAUUAUGGUGCAGCAUCUGUAGUGUGAGUUGCAACAGCAAGGUGGACAUGGAUUCUCACCUAAAUGGGAGGAGGCACUUGGACCAGAUCGAGGAACAGUUAAGAUUCUGGUGCGGGGCAUGUAAUUUAAUGUGCAAUAGUGAGCUCAAAAUGGCCUCUCAUCUGAAUCGGAGGAGUCACUUAAAGACAUGAGGAAUAUCUGAUUGCAUGUUUCUUCAGACAAAUGUUUUUGGUUAGAAGCAUACAGGCCAGUGGGGGCUGGUGGUCACGGAUGCCUCUGUUUUUGUUGCAUGAAAUAAAAACAGAAUUUCCAUGUUCAGUAUAGGAUUCUUAGUAAGAGGGAUGUCUAGUUCAUCUAUUGAGGAUCGGUUCAAAAUUCUACCCCUUGAAAAUUAGUCUGCAGAUAUUGGAUCAGAUCAAAUAUAUGGAUAGGAAUCCUUGUGGAUCUUUCUACUCCAUUUUCCCAAA